AUGGUCCGCAAAGUGUUAACGAUAGGAAGCCACCCGAACAUUGCGUUCUACAACUGGCGGCUUUUCUCGACGAAGAACUGCGAUUUGACGUAUGUGAUGAGCAGCAUGUCGGAGCAGUCGGCAGGGGAGACUUCGAGCGGUAUUCUGACGGAUUCAGAAGAUACAACAUUCCAGUGGAAGUCGGAGCAGUUCGGCAACACUAGGUACAGUUUGGCGAAGGUGUACGCAAAUUUGGACAGGUACAUGGCAGAAAUGAACCGGCGGUCGAGCGGACAGGGCGGGAAUAACGUCCGGCUCGCGUACUGGGACUACAUAGUUGUGUCUGCGAAGUCGUUGCAGGAGUUGUCCGGGCUGUUUUCGAAGCUGUCCGGGAUGAUAUCGGCACAAAUGCAGAGGACAGGCAAGCCACCAAUGAUCAUCAUCGAGUCGACGGACUUCGUGAGCUUGGAGCAGUUCGUGAGGAUGUCCUUGCAGAUGGACAAGGCGAGUGCGAAGCAGGUGGCAGUUCUGUCGGUGAUGUCGGACUACGACAUCCGGAUUGUGGCGAAGAACAGCUUCAGGGUGAAGAAGGGCCGCAAGGAGAGCGAGCUCGUGUACGUGGGUAAGAGUGGGCACGAGGGCGAGUACGAGGAGGCGGAAAUCGAGAUGGUAAACGAGGCUUCAGGGUUGUUUGAGUCGUGUGGGCUGGAUGUUUACAAGCUUCGCAGCCCGCUGGAGUUUCUUUCCUACCAGUGGAAGUUUGCCCUCCCGAAGAUCUCGCUCGAGCCCUUGGAGAUAUUGUUCGAGAAGCCGUUUUCCGAGCAGCUCCAGGAGGAAAUCCUUGCGAAGCCUUUGAUCAGUGGCCUCAUUUUGGAAAUCAUCACGGUGAUCAAGGCAAUCGGAUGCAAGCUUUUCAAGAGCUACGACAGCGAGGACAGUCUUCUAGAGAGGAUGAAGGAGCUCCACCCGGUGGAACCAGUGGGCCAGGACUGCUACGAGGCCCCACAGCUGUACUACAACUUCUACAACCACCACGAGCUGUACUUGGACUUGCUUCUCCUCCAGCCGAUCCUCAUUGCCGAUGACUACCAGGUCAAGACUCCGUACCUCGAGUUUCUCUAUGCCAUGAUGUGCCAGGCGGGCCGCAACAACGACUCUACAGUCGACAACGACGCGUCGGUGUUCUGGCUCCGCAAGAGCUCUCAGUCGAUGCUUGCGAUGAGGCAGCAGCAGGAGGACAUGAGGCAGAAAACCGACGAGAUCAAGAGUUUGCUUGCGAAGCAGGUGAGUGCGGUUAUGGAGGAUAGAAGGGAGAUGGAUGGUAGAAGGGGAAUGGAUGACAGAAAGGGGAUGGAUGAUGGAAAGGAAAUGGAUGAUGGAAAAGAGAUAAAUGAUGGAAAAGAGACAAAUGAUGGAAAAGAGACAAAUGAUGAUUCAGACGGAUCUGCUGCUAACGUGUCCAAAGGCUCCAGCAAAGCCGAGUCUGACCGCGAGGCGCCACUCAAUUUCAACAAUCACGUGAGUGGGGUGCCCUCAAGGGGGAUCUCGUCUGGUGAGGGGCGAAGCCGGGAGAGUUCCCAGCGGAAUCGGUACCGGGAGUCCCAGGGGACACCGCAGAUGCCUGAUGGGGAGCUCUUGGCACUCACACAGAUGGCCCAGAGUUACCUCAACGGGGAUGGGGGACAUUCGGGCAAGAGUGAGAAUCAAAAUCAGAAUCCAAAUUAUCAAAAUCAAAACUACCAGAAUAAUCCAAAUCAGAAUUAUCAAAACUACCAAAACCAACCCGCCCAGAACUUCUUCCGGCCUGCAAAUGAACCCCACGGCUUCCAAUCCUAUGCACAGCCUCAAAACCGGAGAUCAGCCAGCGGGCAAAGUUUCUCGAGAGACCAACCACCGCAGGAAAUCGAGGUUCACCAGAUGGGUGCAGCGAAGCUGUACGGGCGGUACGAGCCUGGGGAGAGCCCCCGGUUCCGGCGGAACUCGUCGUUUGGGGCUGGAGGGCAGUCUGCACAGCCACAACCUACACAGCCACAGCUUGCGCAGCCACAGCAGUAUAACCAGUAUCCACCGGCCCAGAUGCAGCAGUACAACCCUACAUAUGGACCCCCACGGCCUGCGGCACCGCAGAAGUAUGGAUCUCAGCCGAAUUUCGGCGAGGUUCAGCCAAUGCAGAUGCAGCCAAUGCAGAUGCAGCAAAUGCAAAUGCAACCACAACAAAUGCAAAUGCAACCAAUGCAACCCCAACAACCCCAACCUUACUACCCACAGCCAUACAGAAGACAACGCUCAGGUGGCUACGAACCCCCAAUGCUGGGCCAGAACAACAGGCUUACACACAGCUUUUCCAUGCAGCCUUCAGACUUAUCGAUGGCAGCAGCAGCACAGGGAGGCUCCCAGCAGAGAGUAUUCAAGAAGACGUCUCGCAAGUCGAGCCGUAUGUCGAACGCUUACCUCACGAACAGGCUGCUCUCGACGUCCGACGGCCUAGAUGCCGAUUCCAGGGGGAUGCCCGGUGCCCACACCUCCAUGGUUCCUCUGCAGAGUUCUUCCAGCAUGAUGAAUCUGCAGCCGAGGGACAAGUCCUCCCAGCAGCUGCCCGUUGUGCCGAAUGCUGCCUCUGCACACAGUUCGUCCACACCUCCACCGCAGGACCAAACGCUCCCUGCCCCGGCUUUCCGGCCGCCAUCCUCGGCCAACCCGGCAGCAGACAGCCCGGCAUCGCCUGCAUCGCGGGAAUCCCGCGUGGCAAGUACCCAGGGCUCGAAAGAGGGCCUGGCCCCGGUCCCGGAGGCCACCCCGGCCCCGACUCCCGCCUACGUGGUCAAGAGCGCGGCUGCCACGCCGGGCAAGAAGGGCAAGAAGAAGAAGAAGGGUCUUUUUGGCCUGGGACGUCACUAG